UGCUGUUCGUGGUGGGUUGUUGCGUCUGCGAAAUGUCCGUAACGAACGGCGAUUGCAACGGUUUACCCGUCGAAGAUGUUAGCACGGUGUUCAGUACGACGAUGCCGCCUUUCCCUUACUGCGAGCACGGAAGGAUUGCCACCGAAGAGUUCCUGGACGCAGCUCGAGGAGUUGUUGCCUUAGUCGAUAAAAUGGGCAAAGUCUUUGCAGCUGUGAGAUACGAUAUGAAUGGCAACAUAGUGAAAUUGAACGCGAAAUUCGAGAAGGAUCGGAGCAAAUACUUUUAUUUAGAAGAUAUGAUACUCAGUGAAAAGAAUGAGGGGGAAAAUUUGGUAACGGAUGCUUUGCAGUGGUUGAGAAGAGGAUUGCAUUUUAUGCAGAGAUUCCUGGAAUGUGUUUUGUCAGAUGUCGAAGGUAAAACCAAUCUGUCAAAUUUCCUGAAGGUGGCUUAUUUGGAGACACUGGAACCAUAUCAUGGUUGGAUGGGGACGCAAUUAUUUAACAUUAUGUGCAAAUUUUCGCCCAAUCGAGAUGACUUUUUCUACGUGCUUGGGAUGGAGGCGCACAACAAAAAUGAGCAUGUUAUGCGAGAUAUGGGGAAGUUCGUGAGGAAUCUGGGGCUCUGCGUUGGGCAGCUUGUACAGUUCUACGCCGAACACAACUUGGAGCGCACGAAUCGCGUUUGACCGCGCUAUUUUUACAAUUUUCGCAGUCACGUCUUCAGUUUCAUUAUCU